GGAUAUUCCUCGCUGUGAACUCUCUCUGGGGCUUGGAUUCCGGGGUGAGAAGUUUAAGAGCCGCCUUUCUCCGAGAAAGUUAUCCGUCCUCCCGGCGCACACCUGAUUACUUACGGAAGCCAACUUUAAUGCAAUGGAAAUACCCCUCAACUUGGAAUCAAAAAGAACAAGAUUGGAGUUUUAGCUCAGCUAGUUUUACUGUGAUCUGGGGAUUCACAAUGACAACAGUUACAGUGACCACAGUGACCACAGAAGUUCCUGCAAGGGGUAAGACAGAAGAGAAUUCUGCCUUGUAUGAUUCCACAUCAGCUCACAUUAUUGAAGAAACUGAAUAUGUGAAAAAGAUUCGAAGUACUCUGGAAAAGAUCCGGAAUCAAAUGUUUAAAAAUGAAGUAGGACCUAGCAGUACAAAUCACAAACUAAAUGCAAAGCACCAAGAAAACAUUCAAAAUGGCUCUGAUUCUGAAACGGACCCCACCUGUUGCGGUUCGGAUUUACUCAGGGAAAAGGUGAAAAGAAAAGAUCUGCAGCUUUUACAGAUGAACAAGGAGAAUGAAAUAUUGAAAAUCAAGCUGGAAGCCUCCAGAGAAGCGGGAGCAGCAGCCCUGAGAAAUGUGGCCCAGAAGUUGUUUGAUAACUACCAAACACAAGCUGAAGACACGAGGAGAAAGCAUGAGGACAGCAAACACUCACUCCAGGUUAACAAGCUUGAAAAAGAACAGAAGUUAAAACAACAUGUUGAAAAUCUGAAUCAAAUUGCUGAAAAACUUGAAGAAAAGCAGAGUCACAUCACAGAACUGGAGAACCUUGUACAGAGAAUGGAGAAGGAAAAGAGAACACUGCUAGAAAGAAAACUAUCUUUGGAAAACAAGCUACUGCAACUCAAAUCCAGUGCUGCAUGCACUAAAAGUUGCCAGGAUCUUCAAGUGGAGAUUUCCAUUCUGCAGGAGCAGAUCUCUCAUCUGCAGUUUGUGAUUCACUCCCAGCAUCAGAACCUGCGCAGCAUCAUCCAGGAGAUGGAAGGAUUAAAAAGUAAUUUAAAAGAACAAGAUCAAAAAAUUGAACAUCUGAAAGAAAAAGUUAACAAACUUGAAGCUCAGAAUAAAGAACUAAAAACCAAGGUGGCGCUUUGGUCUGAAACUCCUAAAACAAAAGUAUCUAAGGCAGUCUCUACAAGCGAAUUGAAGACAGAAGGCACUUCCCCCUAUUUGAUGUUGAUUAGGUUACGGAAAUGAACUGGCUGGCUGAAGAUCUGAUCAAGAAAUAUGAUGUGGGUCUUAUUUUUCCCUUGAAACAUUUUCUAAAUGUCCAUGUUAAUAUGGCAUGAUGCUAGUUUUUGAAUGGAAUUCAUUGCACAUCAUGAGCUUUUCAAGAAGAUAACAUUCCAGAAAAUCAAGCAGGUGUAUAUUUGAAGGGAAGAUAUAUUUCUUCAAAACUUACCAAAUAGAUGCUUUCCCAAGAUGGGAGAUGGAUUCUGCUUUAAGUAAAAAGAAAUCUAAAUCUUGUUUUCAGAGUUUUGCUAAAGGAAAUUGUCAACUUUGACCUUUGGAUAGUGGUUUUUAAGUAUAUAAGUAGAAGAAAGGGUAUAGAUAUGUCCAAAUAAAUGAUUUAUUUUAAAGUUGAAUAAUAAGAGAGAUAUUUUCAUAACAAGAAGCUCAUCUCCUGGCCCAUUGUUAAUGGAAGACUUACUCUCCACCAAAUUAUGGGCUGGAAAAAAAGAAGAUUAUUUUUAGCCAAUUCCCUAACCCAUCUGCUUUCCAAUGUUGAGAAUAAUGGCUGCCCUAGCACAACUAAGAAAGCACUUGCCCUUCAGUUGUUCUGGGAUAAAAAAUUGGUUGUUAGGGGCAACCAGUACACAUAAGCACACAGGGGAGCCCAUGGUUUAUGUGGCCUUUGUUACUAAUGUAACUGUUGAUAUUCAUUAAUAUUUUCUAAAUAAAAAUUUCUUUGGGGGAGAAGUGGAGCACAUAAUGUUGGUAGCCAGUGGUUGUAGCUUACAGUCAGGAAGAAUCUGAAUUCACAAAUCAGAACAAUAUGUCUGGUGUCUUUGUGAAAGAGUGCUUACAUUUUUGUAAUAUCUUCUGCACAGGUCCAGCUGUAGCACUGUCAGUAAAACCAAACUCUGACUUGUAGAAAUGCAAACAUACUGACACUCAGGAAAGUAGAAUACACUUCAGUUAAAUUAAUAAUGAGAGGCUUUAGUCUCCCUAGAGGGUGAAGUCCCUCUGGGCCUUUGUUCAUCCUUUCUGGUAUACAGAUCUAAACACUCGCUCAGGAAGGAGGCUCAAACCUUUCCAUGUGGAAUGUGAAAUAUCAGUAUUAUACAUAAACUAUUUAGAUGUAUGUAAAUAAGAUGAAGUAACAUAUUUAUAGAUCCAUCUAAGUCCUGUAAUCAUGAUAAUGUUACACAACUCAAGUGUGAGUUUUACACUUCAUGGCAUUCUUUGGAACAAUUUUUGUUGCUUAUUUAUUGUUAAAAUGUAGUUAUCUAAUAACACUCAAAGCUUGGUUACUCUAUGUCAGAAACAAUGCUAAGUUCCUCACUUGUGCUGAUUCAUUUCUCCACAAGCCAGCAGCAGCAGGUCAUAGCCUCAUGCCUGUGUUACAGAGGACGAUCCUAAGGAUGGUAAACCAAUUUGCUCAGCUGAUAACUGAGAAGCAAGGAUUUGAACCUGGCUAUUGAUAUUCCUUCCACUUUGCAAACUGGUGGUCUGGAAUUUUCUCAGCAAUAGAAAUGCCUCCUUUUUGCAACUUUAUCAAGUACAUAAUCUCCUUGAUGGCUGUUUGCAUUUUCCUGUGGAUGAUAGUCAGGAACGUCUAAAAACAAACAUCACUAUUUUGUGGAAAUCAGUUGGCCUUUCAUCUGCACUACCAUCCUGAGAACGCAGUUCAGGAAAAUUCCUUGCUAAAAAUCCAAAUAUUUAUGUUCUUUUAUUCAUAACUGUAUGUGACACUGAAGAAUUUCUUCCUAAUACAUUUUCAGCACAUUUGUAGGGAAAUUGGGAUCGUGAAUUCUGCUUGAAGCAUGUGCAGUGCAGUAAGAAAAUCCCCCUGUCACUUGUAGCUCACUUAGCCUCCUCUCGUAGCUCCGUGAAAUCAUCAUGCUGCAUCACGACACACCGGCGAUUUGGGGAUGUACUUGUUUAACUGACCUAGAAGCCUUGAUGACUGUAAGAAUAGUUUAUUCUAAAGUAAAAAAUGGAAAGCUGCUGUUGUAUUCUGUUGAAGUUUCACUGCACUCAUCUUUUUAGCAGGGAAGUACAGCUGGAGGUAGUGUAAGUGAGAGCGGCUCAAGAGGUCUCCAAGUUCAUUUUGGAAUGAAUGUCUUUGGACUUUCUAAUAAUAAUAGUACACAGUUUCAGGAGCCCAGCGUGAUCUGAACUCCUCCUAUACAAAUGUGUGUAUAUUUGUAGCAGAAGCCAUUUCAUUUAUUUGUCAUAUAUGGAUUAUUUCCUCUGACCUAAUUUAUUUUGCACUUGAAGUGUUUUCUAAAUAAACAUUUCAGAGUGAUGAAACAAAGGACUACAACAUGGAAUGAAAUCUGUUAAUCUAAAAGUGGUACUACCAAGGACACAUAGAAAAAAAAUUUAUUACUUCUGUUGUAUUCCAAAUAACUGUACUUUUAAUUGUAUUAACAGAUUGUGUAAGAAUGUCUGUAGCAGGCCUUAAGUUCAUACAUGAAGUUUAGAAAUGCAAAGAAAUUUAGUUCUAGGGUGGGUGUUUAACCUAGUGGUUAAGAUACCAGUGCAGAUUAAGAUGUCCAUAUUUGUUAUUGGAGUUACUAGGUUCAGGUCCUGGCUCUCUUUCCAAUUCCAGUUUCCUGGGAAGCAGCAGUGAUGGCUCAAGUAGCUGGAUCCCUAACACUCAUAUGGGAAAUUUGGAUUGAGUUCCUGGUUCCCUGGUUUGGCUUGCCCUAGCCCCAGCCAUGUGGGCAUUUGGGUGUCACCAGCAGUUGAGAGCUAUCUAUCUGGCUCUCUACCUCUAACAAAAGAAAGAAAGGAAGAAAGAAAUUCACUUAAUUCUUUGAUUAGAUAUGUUGUUAUAAAUGAUCAAGAAAUGUUUAGUCUAGAAACUGAUAAGGUAUACUUUGAAAACUUGCUUAUAAUAUGC